AUGUUGCCAAAGUAUGUCAAACUUGGUUACCGAUACCUUGUCGAUCACAUUCUCACAUUCUUGUUCAUUCCAAUCAUGGCGGCCGUUUCCAUUCAAAUCCUCAGGUUAGGCCCUGAAGAAAUUCUCACCAUUUGGAACUCACUCCAAUUUUAUUUUUUCCAAAUCUUGUGUUCCUCAUUCCUCGUAACUUUAAUUGCCACUGUGUACUUCAUGUCAAAGCCUCGAUCCAUAUACUUAGUGGAUUACGCCUGCUACAAGCCUCCGAUCACGAGCAGAGUCCCCUUUUCGACUUUCAUGGAACACUCCAGAUUAAUCCUCAAAGAUAAUCCCAAAAGUGUUGAAUUCCAAAUGAGGAUUCUUGAACGAUCCGGGCUCGGUGAAGAAACCAGUUUGCCUCCUGCAAUUCAUUACAUACCUCCAAAUCCCACCAUGGAAGCUGCAAGAGGUGAAGCAGAAGCUGUAAUUUUCUCAGCCAUUGAUUCCCUUAUGCAGAAAACAAGAAUCAAACCAAAAGAUAUAGACAUUCUUAUAGUAAAUUGUAGCUUGUUUUCUCCAACUCCUUCACUUUCUGCCAUGGUUGUGAAUAAAUACAGACUCAGGAGUAAUAUAAAAAGCUUCAAUCUUUCUGGCAUGGGGUGUAGUGCUGGUUUGAUCUCAAUUGAUUUGGCUCGGGAUCUUCUUCAAGUUCAUCCAAACUCAAAUGCACUUGUUGUCAGCACUGAAAUUAUCACUCCCAAUUAUUAUCAAGGUUCUGAAAGAGCCAUGCUUCUUCCAAAUUGUUUGUUUCGCGUGGGCAGUGCUGCGAUUCUUCUUUCGAACAAAAGGGGUGACAGAAAUCGCGCCAAGUACAAAUUAGUCCACGUUGUUCGAACCCACAAAGGGGCAGACGAUAAGGCUUAUAAAUGUGUGUAUGAACAAGAAGAUCCACAGGGAAAAGUUGGAAUUAAUCUCUCAAAAGACCUAAUGAUCAUAGCAGGUGAAGCUUUGAAAUCAAAUAUCACCACAAUUGGACCUUUAGUCCUUCCUGCAUCAGAACAACUCCUCUUCUUGUUCACUCUUAUAGGCCGGAAAAUCUUUAACUCUAAAUGGAAACCCUACAUACCUGACUUCAAACAAGCUUUUGAGCACUUCUGUAUCCACGCCGGAGGCCGGGCAGUGAUCGAUGAACUCCAAAAGAACCUCCAGUUGUCGGCUGAGCACGUGGAGGCGUCGAGAAUGACGCUGCACCGGUUUGGGAAUACGUCGUCCUCUUCUCUAUGGUAUGAAUUGAGUUACAUUGAGGCUAAAGGGAGGAUGAAAAAGGGUGACAGAAUUUGGCAGAUAGCAUUUGGGAGUGGAUUCAAAUGCAACAGUGCUGUCUGGAAGUGUAAUCGAAGAAUCAAAACCCCAACUGAUGGACCCUGGCAAGAUUGCAUUAAUAGGUAUCCAGUGCACAUCCCAGAAAUUGUAAAGCUCUAA